CCGCCGUCGGGUUGGGCAAAUGAUUGCACAAUGACAGUGUCCCAACCACCGCGGCCGCGGAGGCACCAGAUUCCUCCUCCCGCCAACUCGCCACGACGCCGAGGCCUCCACGUGUAAAUUUCUCGGCGCAUCAGUGGACCCGCAGGGCCCCGUUCCCUCCGGGGCCCACAUUGCGCUGUCCAGUCUCCUCUCCCCCUUCCUCAACUAACACUGACUGGAGCGUCUCCUCCUUCUCCCUCCCCCCUUCUCUGUCUCUGCCGUCCAUCAUUUCACCUUAUUCCCAAUUCAUAGUCAUAAACACACUGCUGCUUCAUUCCUCAUCCCGACCCUUUUCAGUUCUAGCUCCCUUCACUCUCUCUGAGGGUUGGAUUUGGACAUGUCUUCUUCUGGCCCUUUGGAUCGGUUCACCAGGCCAAGUUUUGAGGGACUCUGUGCUGCUGAUGAGCGAAGAGAGAAGUCCGAUCUGGAAUGCUUUGACGAUGCAAGGAUGACAAGGAUCGGUUCCCUGAAGAAAAAAGCGAUAAAUGCAUCCACAAAAUUCAGACACACUCUGAAGAAGAGGAACACUAGAAGAAAAAGUGAUAGUAGAAUCAGCUCCAUUUCCAUAGAAGAUAUUCGGGAUACAGAUGAGCUGCAAGCUGUAGAUGAAUUCAGGCAGGCACUGAUUUUAGAGGAGUUGCUACCAGAAAAGCACGAUGACUAUCACAUGAUGCUAAGGUUCUUGAAAGCAAGAAAGUUCGACCUUGAAAAAGCAAAGCACAUGUGGGCUGACAUGCUCAGAUGGAGGAAGGAGUUCAGUACUGACACCAUCAACGAGGAUUUCGAAUUUAAAGAGCUGAAUGAGGUUUUGAAGUAUUACCCUCAUGGGCAUCAUGGUGUGGACAAAGAGGGGAGACCUGUUUACAUCGAGAGACUGGGAAAAGUAGAUGCUGCUAGACUUCUCCAAGUGACAACAUUGGAUCGAUACGUAAAAUAUCAUGUACAAGAAUUUGAGAAAACAUUCUCCUUGAAGUUCCCUGCCUGUUCCGUUGCUGCAAGGAGGCACAUUGAUUCGAGCACAACAAUAUUAGACGUUCAAGGCGUGGGAUUCAAGAACUUGACCAAGUCCGCCCGCGAGCUCAUUAUGGCACUUCAGAAGGUUGACGGCGACAACUACCCAGAGACCCUCCAUCAGAUGUUUAUCAUCAAUGCCGGCCCUGGGUUCAGGUUGCUCUGGAAUACCGUGAAGACGUUCCUAGAACCAAGAACGACUAACAAGAUCCAUGUUCUUGGAAAUAAGUACCAGAGCAAAUUGCUCGAGAUUAUUGAUUCCAGUGAACUGCCUGAAUUUCUCGGAGGUAGCUGCACAUGUGCUGACAGCGGAGGCUGCCUUCGAUCUGAUAAGGGACCAUGGAAAAGCCCUGAAAUACUGAAGAUGGUUCGUAGUGGUGAGGCAAGACGCCCGAGGCAGGUUGUUAAAAUUCUAAACGGUGAGGGGAAGUUUGUUGCCUAUGCAAAGCCUCAGUACCCUAUGUUUAAAGGGAGUGAUGCAUCAACAGCAGAAUCGAGUUCAGAGGCUGAAGAUAUUGCUUCACCAAAGACGGUGCAGAGUUACUCCCAACUUCGCCUGACUCCAGUACACGAAGAAGCAAAGGCAACUGGAAAGAUGAGAUUCGGGAGCACUGUCUCGGGAUGUAAUGACUAUGCACCCAUGGUUGACAAAGCUGUCGAUGCCUGCUGGAAAAAUCCAUCAUCCCUUCAGCGGAAUUUCGCUUCCAAAGGGAGGACUCUCCGGGCUGAUAAUAUGAGCACUCCUAGUGGACACCGUGCUCGGUUUCUAAUAGCAAUGACAGCUUUCUUCUUGUCCCUCGUCACUCUCUUCCGUUCUUUCAUGUCCCGUGUUGCCGGAGAGCUUCCCGAGGCUCCACAUGUUCUCGAACAUAAUGUUGCUGAGAUGAUUCCUGAUCAAACACCAAAGGAAGAAUUCCGUCCUCCUUCACCGACUCCAGAAUUCACCCAGGCAGAUGUCUUCUCCGCUGUACUCAGGAGGUUGGCAGAACUGGAGGAGAAGGUCGAUACUCUUGGCUCGAAACCGCUGGAAAUGCCCUUUGACAAGGAAGAAUUGCUUAAUGCUGCUGCUUGUCGGGUCGAUGCCUUAGAAGCAGAGCUUAUUGCCACUAAAAAGGCUUUGCAUGAAGCAUUGAUGAGGCAGGAAGAGCUGCUCGCCUACAUCGAUAGUCAGGAACAAGCCAAGCUCCAAAAGAAGAGGUUCUGUUUGUAGGAAAUGCUGACGGCGAGCUCGGGGAAAGUCAUCCCACACCUUAAGGAUUCAAUUUUUUAUUUUUAUUUUUAAUUUGAAUUACAAAUACAUGCUCAUUCAUAUCAAUUUGCAGAAUGAGUCUCCUGAAUAAUUCUGCUGUCGGUCAGAAGAUCGCUUUGGUAAAUAUUGUGCAGAAAUUUUCUUCGAUUCUUGUUCGUUUAUCUCAAGACCAGUUCCUGGUGCCAGCGAAAUGGUUGUAAAUUCAUUCCAACUUGAUGAAGCAAACAUUCUUUUAUUCUAGAGCUACUUAUACUGA